UAAGAGCAAUCUAAAUAUAUUCAUGGAUGGUAAUGUAAUUUUUUUUCCGGAAAAAAGGGAAGACAAGUAACAUAAAAAAAAACUCCACAUGGGCACAAUAAAUUGAGGGCAGAGAAGAAAAUCCAGCCUAACUCGGAAUGGCAAAAUCAGUCUUUAUCUGACAAAAAUUAACACAAACAUAAAAACCCUUCAAGCCUGGUGAUGUGUCUGUCUGUUUUGUAAGAGAGAGAGACAGACAUUUGUGUGAUGUAGAUCAUCAUCACCAUCACCAUCAUCAUCAUCAAACACAUGUAUACAUGCUGCUGUGCCCAUGGGGGAUGAACUCAAGAGAUCCAUUUCUCUGUGCCCCAAUGACAGUUCAUUUUCAUUAAAACCCUCUUGGCAAGAGAUGACGAUGAUACCAAAAAGGGUUUCACCAUCUCCAUCUGAAUCUUGUGAACCACAAUCUCUCUGGCCAUAACUCUAAACGUAGAGCUCGCCCUCGGAAGAAAAGCAAGAAGAUCUUUCUCUUCUGUAAUACUACAAAGGACUAUACCAAUUCCCACAAGUUUCAAGGUUGGAAUCUAAAUGCACAUGAGCAGGGAUUUUCAUGGUAAAAAAAAUCAUAACUGGAAUCUAGAAUGGACAAGUUUUGGACGCAAGGUUUUUUUUUUCUUCUGGCAGAUCAAAAUCAAAAGUAUAUUUUAGAAUAUCAAUCCGAAAAUCAUAAACAGGGUUCACACCUUAGACAGAAGAAGAUUGAGACCCAUCCCCAUUCCUCUCCUUCAUAUCUUAACAAUCUUAUCUUUUUUUUCACUUUGAUCUUCUUGUGGGGCCUUUGCAUCUAUAAUAAUGUUCAUACAGCUUCGUAUCCAGACGCUAUUCCAUGCAGAAAAUGUAACGGAGCCGCACGAGUGAGCAAAAGAAACGUAAUUUAUUCACACCCAAAUGCCUCGUGUUAUAUUCAUCUAAAAAAAAAAUGCCCAUCUCUACCCUUUGGCUAACAAGUCAUUUCAAACAAUUAAUGAACGCUGCGGAACUUGAAUUCAUGUAUUACUAUUCCCACACCUAUAUCUAUAUAUGAUAUAUAUACAUGUACUGCACUAUUGUACUUUCAUCCACAGACAUCUUAUUCUUUCAUUGCAAAACUCUCUCUCCCUCUCUAACUCUAACCUUGUUGUCAUUCCCGUCCCUCCUACCCAAAUGAAGAGCAAGUUUGCAAAAGCGUGUGAAAACAAGUUGAAAAUGAUGAAGGGCAAAGUCGUUGUACCUUGUACAUCCUGCGGGAAUUGCUGCAAGAGGGUUCGUUGGCCAUUCAAGAAGGAAGACGGGAUGGUUCCAAAAGACGUGCCAAAGGGUCACUUGGUUGUGUAUGUGGGUGAGAAUCACAAGAGAUUCGUGAUCAAGAUCACCUUGCUUAAACACCCGCUCUUCAUGGCAUUGCUGGAUCAAGCUCGGGAUGUUUACAACUUCACAGCCAACUCCAAACUAUGGAUUCCAUGCAAUGAAACCACCUUUCUCGAUGUUGUUCGUUGCAUUUGUGCUUGCCAGCAUCAGAGGAUCUGCAUGACGUGCCUGCAGGGAAAGGUUCUUCAGUAGAGAAUUCAAGAAAUUCUAUUGAUUCAUCCAGCUCUUAAGUUCCCAGAGAAUGUUAAUGCUGACCUGAUGCUGUACACUUCAGUGAAAUUUUUUGUGUAGAAACGUUUAUUCAUCAAAGAAAAUGUGAUUAGAUGCUAGAGAAGCAAUAACCGCGUUGAAAUCUCCAUCGCAUUUCUCAGGCAUACAAAAUCUAAAACUCAAAGUGAUCAAAGCUCGAAAAAUGACCAAGA